UGCUUUAUUUCUUUCUUUCUUUGACCGAUUCAAUCAUUUGUAUGGAUCUAGUAGUUCAUAAUUUGUAUCCUCUCAUAUUUAUAACGAUUUCGUUAUAAUAAAACCCAUGUUACUAAAAAUGAUCCGUUAAUCUUUUUUUUGUAAGCAAAUUCUUUUUUUUUUCUCCGUUAAACUUUAACUAGAUCGGCACCCAAAAGUAAAUUAAUACGACCAAUUUUGAGGAAAGAAAAGGUCCAAAUUAACAAAAACAUGGACAUCAUCAACUUCUCAAUGACGACCAGGACCAGAUCAAACUUCACCACAUGUGCUCUACAUGUGUAUGGUUGCAUAAAAUAUAGUCCUCCCUCUAAUAUAACGUGACAGCAUCAAAGUCUUCUUUGGUUUUAAAAGACGUGACACCAGCCUAAUGCCCCCCAACCCGACCUACUUCUUUCUUCUUCCCCUCACCCUCUAAAACCCCCCUAAUACCAUCUCGACUUAGCUGAUUUUCUAGCAGAGAACAUGGCUAAUUCAGCGUCUGGGAUGCAUGUAAAUGAUGAGUGCAAGCUCAAGUUUUUGGAGUUAAAAGCAAAGAGAAAUUAUAGGUUUAUUGUGUUCAAAAUUGAUGAGAAGGCUCAGCAAGUUACGAUAGAUAUGGUUGGGAAUCCAGAAGAAACUUACGACAGUUUCACCAAAUGUAUGCCUGAGAACGAGUGCAGAUAUGCUGUCUAUGACUUCGAUUUCACCACUCCUGAGAACUGCCAGAAGAGCAAGAUAUUUUUCAUCGCAUGGUCACCUGAUACAUCAAGAGUGAGGAGUAAGAUGUUGUACGCAAGCUCAAAGGACAGAUUCAAGAGGGAGCUAGAUGGGAUUCAGGUUGAAUUGCAAGCAACAGACCCUACCGAGAUGAGCCUCGACAUCAUCAAAGGCCGAGUCAAUCUCUAAUGCUACUUACCGCAUCUUACUUAAUUCGUUUCAGUCAAAAUUCGUAUUUUCUGCUUUCGUUUUCCCGUUUUACUUCUUCAUUCUUCUUAUUUUAUGUGAUUCACCACUUUUUUUUUUGGAAUGUAAUAUUCAUGAUAAUAGUUAACUAUUUUUCUUCU